CUCUCAGCACCCCCUCCCCCGCGGACCAACCGAAACGUUUUAUCAUGAAAGCGAUUUAAUUAGCUACUUUUUUUUUUUUUCUGUUAUCAGUCUAAGCAACAGUACUGGAAUGCGACGACUAGUAAAUCAGACCCGAGUCUCUUCGCGCGUACAAUAACAAUUAUCGUAUCAUUAGUUCCAACGCAUCCAGUCAUGUUUCUUCUGCAUCCGCUGCUGCAGAUCUCUGUUUUGCUGGAUGCGGUUUCCGCCAGCCCUACCGAUGAUAAUGUGCUGCGGGCCGGUCAUGGAGAACACGGAGAGCCGGGGCACGAAGAACCCCAUAAGGAUUCCUACAGCACAUUCGCCUCCGAGUUCCUCGAGUCCAGAUACCUCUCAGACGAAGGUUACCCCUUCCCCACUGCACCCCCUGUAGACCCAUUUGCCCGCAUCAAAGUUAGCGACUGUGGAAUAACCAAAGGAUGCAUCAGAUAUGGCAAACCAGGCUGUGACGCAGAGACCUGUGAAUACUUCCUGAGUUUCAGACGCAUUGGCACAGAUGUGGAAUUCGAGAUGAGUGCAGACACUGAUGGAUGGGUCGCUGUCGGUUUCUCCUCUGACAAAAAAAUGGGAGGUGAUGAUGUCAUGGGCUGUGUUCAUGAUGAUAACGGACGUGUACGGAUACAUCAUUUCUACAACGUGGGCCAGUGGGCCAAAGAGAUCAAGCGCAACCCGGCGCGGGACGAGGAGGGCAUCUUUGAAAACAACCGCGUCACGUGCCGCUUCAAACGGCCUCUUCAUGUGCCACGGGAGGAGACGCUGGUGGACCUGCACCUCAGCUGGUACUAUCUGUUCGCUUGGGGACCUGCCAUACAAGGUUCCAUCACAAGGCAUGACAUUGACUCCCCACCAGUGUCAGAUCGCAUGAUUAGCAUCUAUAAAUAUGAGGACAUUUUCAUGCCUGCCACAGCCUAUCAGACAUUCUCCUCUCCCUUUUGCCUCCUCCUCAUCGUUGCUCUUACCUUCUACCUGCUGAUGGGCACACCAUAACCAACGAAGCCAUAUCACUGAGAAAAGAAAUGAAUACAACAAACUAUGGAGCCACUAUAGCACGACUGUGUGCCAACUUAACAGUAGUAGAAACAGGCAGCAAUAAAUUGCAAUUCUAUAAUAUCCUCAAUCUGCGUACACUAGAAAGAUAUUUGGACUGUGGAUUAAUAUUCAGUUACAUACAAGCAACGAUUCUCAUUUAGAGGAGAGAGAGUUGACCAUACACUUAAUGUAUAUUACAAUAUAUUUUAUUUUGAUGAAAGAGUAGAGAAACCUCAAAUGGUAUGUUAUGGUAGGUGUAGUCUACAAUAGUUGAAACAAACUGAGCCAAAUUAAUGUUAAUAUUCAGUAUACUUAAAGUGGAGUCACAUUAGUGAACUUUCAGUAAAAUUUUGCUUUCAACAAAGUCCAUUGUAUAUCACUGUCAAACCAAGCAGCUUUCUGUUGGUCAAAGCUGUGAAUCCAAACUUAACCCCUUUGCGAAAUCUGUGUGGGGAAAUUCCAUAACACAAUGAUUCCUAUUGAAACGAAUGAAUUUCACCAACAAAAACUUGCUGAACAAUGAUAAAUGUGACCGUAUCUAUACAGUGGCACAUAUCAUGACACACUAUGUCCUACUACAGAACUCUACGGAGAAGUGAAUUGCCUCGUUCUAUUGAAUGGAAUAUGUUUUGCCAAAUCUCAGUAGAGGUGCUCUGCUGUUUGUAGUUGCCUGCUAUCCAGUGUUUUCUAGUAUAUUACAGUUCUGAUUAACAUUUAUUAAGGCUGUGGAUUUCAGAGUGAUGUAAAUUAAUGCCUGUGACUGAUUACGCAACUUACAGCAGUACAUAAUUUGCCCUACAGCACAAACACACAUGCAAAGUAUUCAUAAAACAUCACUGCCUUCCAGUUAGCCAGCAUUGCCAGCUCAGUAUUUGAUGAUGCAUGCCAGCAAACCAGCCUCAUCUGAGCCAUUUAGAUCAAGAACAGAACCAGUCCAGGAGAGAGUCAUCUGGUUUUCAUUCCAGUGAAUCGAAGACUUUCUAUACCAAGGACUUCAUGCCAUUGUAAAACUUACAAAAUAGUCCAAGAACUGAUUGCUGCCUGAUUAGAAAGAUUUGGAUCACACCAGUUAGUGUGUGAUUGUCUUCUGUUAAUUAUUUGGCGUCCUUUGAAAAUGUCCUGUAAUAACAUUUGUAUAGCAGACUGAAGAGCAACACGUAAAGAUGUUUAGAAAGGUAUUUAGUUUUAAAUACGUUGUUAUAUUCACCUUAAGGUAUAUGAGGAAAUGUACUUGGAGGAGUGAUCAUGAGAGAUAAUCAAAAUAUGUAGCAUGAAUGGAGACAUUGUAUGCCAGUGGUCAAGGAACAAUAUGUUUGUUAUAUUUUAAUAUACUUCUGAAAUUUGACAUUGACAGUAUUAGAGAAUUUGCAAUAAUGAGUGUGCAUAGUGAAGGACUGUGAACAUCAACUCGUACAUCAUUAGCAGCUUACACACAUUCUGACAAGUUUACUGUGAAUUCUUGCUCUAAUUGGAAAAAAGAUACCUGUUUGAUUGUCUUGAACUCGACACAUACUGCACCUUUUAAUAAAGCUAUGAAAGA